UGAUUGCUUUAUUUUUAAUAAUAAAAUAUAACAUUUUAACCUACUGUAAGGUUUCAAAAUUUUACUAGUGCGUUACAAUUACCACAAACAGUAGAAAAAAGGAGAUGAAUGAAUGUCAAAUUUUAGGCCUAGUCCACACGUAGCCGGGGUUUUUUAAAAACGAAUAUCCGCCCCUCCAAAAACUUGCAUCCACACCACCGCAUUUUAAAAACAAACUCUGUCCACACGUACCCGGAUAAAUACGUUGUUGAGGACAUGCCAGACCUGUAGGCGGCAGUACUUCCCCUGUUCUUAACCUCGUCCUUCGUCUGUGGUCUUCCGCAAGGAGCAGUAAUUCCACUUGCAAAAACAAACAAGCAGAAAGCGCUUGGACAAUUGAUGGAUCGGGUAGUGACAGAGCGCAGCUCUGAAGACUUCCAUGAUGCCGGCUAGUGUAAACACAGGUCGCACACGUGAUGUCAGCAUUUUUUGUCGCGGAAAGUGACGUUGCGGACCUUAAAACUCCGGUUUUGUCUGUCCACACGCAGACACCCAAAACGGAGAAAACGCAGAUCUUCACUUUGGCCAGAGUUUUUAGAAAGAUCCGUUUUCGUGUGAAAAAACUCCCGUUUUCGUGUGGAUGACAGGCCAAAACGUAGAAAAAUAUCUACGUUUUGGCAGAUCCCCGGCUACGUGUGGACAGGGCCUUAGAGGUGCUUCAGAGCCCCGCAAAAACUAGCCAGAAACAUCUAUGUGCCUAACUGGAAAUGUGACCAAAUGAAUAGCUUCCUCUUUUUACUUACAUCAUUGGUCGGCCAUGAUCCUGGUACCUGGGCCUUCAGUGUGUGUUAAUGACUUAAUUCACAACUAUAAUGUUAGAAUUACAAGUCACCAAUAGUCUACAAAAAGAAAUAUGUUAUUACAGAGGUCCUGUUUAGACCAUAUUGAUCUGGACUUGCUGUGUUUAUCAUAAUACAGGAACAGGAUGUUUAUGGAGGGCUGGGGGGUGACUGGGCGAUGUGUAAUCUGAUUAUUAUGCAUCGUUGCUUAUUCAUCAGUUGGUCAAAAAUGGCAUUUUGUGUAUUGUGAGUUAAUACCAUUGGUAUUAAAAACACUACAUACAAAUGAAACAAUUCAGGGGCUGGAACUGUGAGAAGAGUUGUAACUGUUGUUUUAUACCUUUGACAGAUAAGAAUUUUCUGGAUUUUUCUCUCAUGUUGAGUUCCCAGUUAGAAGGCACAAAUUAUUUUGCACCACUUGUACCUCCAUACCAAUUAAGUAAAUGAAAAACAAACUACUAAGUACUCAAGGGAAGCUGGAGAGAUCAUGUGACAAUAACUUAGGUAGUGAUGAAAAAGUGCACGUCGGUAACAGAUUAAAAGGUACGUGUGUAGGAUUUGAGGUCAGAACACUGCUGCCGCUGCACCUCUCUCUGACCCUCUAAUGGAGGUCCUUGACACAGAUUUCUGCUUUCCACAACUCUCUAACACUUCCUGUAGGAAGCCUUCUCUUUCAAGUCUCACAACUGUGUUUCUGAGGUUUCUCCUGUCCUUCAUCGGUGUGCUCACUGUGGUUCUCAACCUGCUUGUUAUCAUCUCAGUGUCUCACUUCAGGAAGCUCCACAAAACCACCAACUUCCUGCUCCUGUCCCUGGCCAUCUCAGACUUCAUGGUAGGCCUUGUGUUCCUACCAGGGGAAACUCUCAGACUAACUGCCUGCUGGUUUCUUGGUGAUCACUUGUGUUUGUUGUAUAUAUACCUUGUGUCCCUUAUUGUCACUGCUUCAAUUGGAAAUGUGGUGAUGAUAUCAGCUGAUCGCUUUGUGGCUAUCUGUGACCCUCUGCAUUAUCACACCAGAGUCACUGUGAAAAGAGUCCAGGCCUGCAUCUGUUUGUGUUGGCUCUACGCAAUUUUGUACAACGUUACUUUUGUGAAAGACGGUCUAAAGGACAUAAAUAACUCUUGCAAUGGGAAUUGUGUAUUGAUCAUGGACUAUUUUGCAGGGUUUCUUGAUCUUGUUCUAAAUUUUUUGGUUCCAGUUACAAUGAUUGUAGUUCUGUACUUGAGAGUAUUUUGUAAAGCUGUUCUUCAUGCCCGUGCUAUCCGCUCUCAUGUUACAGCUGUCACUGUCAAGCAUUCUGUGACGCCAUCAGCCAAAAAGUCUGAAUUAAAAGCAGCGAGGACUCUUGGGGUUCUUGUGGUUGUCUUUCUAACUUGCUUCUGCCCUUAUUACUGUGCUGCGCUUUCAAGCGAUGGCUCCUUUAAUGCAUCAGCCAUUGCCUUCUGUUUUUUCAGCAUUAACUCCUGCCUGAACCCUUUGAUAUAUGCCCUAUUUUAUCCGUGGUUUAGGAAAUCUGUAAAACAUAUUCUCACUUUUAAAAUACUACAGUCUGGCUCAUGUGAGGCUAAUGUAACAUAGACAAACAAGCUGUUCAACACUACACUUUUUUCCACAGCGGAGCAAUGCUGUUGAAUUGAAUAACGAAAAAGUUGAUUAAAACCUGAAUUAUGCAGCAAAUUUAACAUGUUUUUAAAUGUCUGCAAUGACAAAAAAAUGAACACAUUUUCCCCCUGAAUGCAUCUGUAAACUUUCGUAUUACAAAUUUGUUAUUGUCCACAUGUACUUUCCAACUCUGUCAUUGCCAAAUUAUUAUUUUUCUCUGUUAAGUCCUAAAUGAAAUGUAUUAGACCCCUUUGACACAGGGUGACAACUCUUAAACACUCGCCACAAUCCAUCACAGCAUCUCCAGGUGGUUCAGAAUGCCUGUGCUCGUCUUCUGGCCAAAUCUAAAAAGUACACCCACAUCACCCCGCUUAUCUUCCAGCUUCACUGGCUGCCAGUAAACUUCAGGGUUCAUUUCAAGAUCCUGAUGCUAGUUUUUAGGGCCUUACAUGGACAAGCACCAUCACUCAUUGGUGAUCUUCUCAGUUCCUGCAUCUGCAGGUCCCUGAGGUCCAGUGAUCAAAUGCCGCUUCCACAUCUAGUCCGGUCCGGUUUAGGUUAGGUGGAGUUGGAUCCGGGUCCCGUACCGGUAGUGUUUGUUCACACGCACUUCUCAGGAAUGUAGAAAUCUCUGAGCAUGUGGGCGAAGCAGAAGAUGCACGGAGCAGUCUGUGGCGUGUCCCUUGGUUGAACAACAAGCAGUAUUGCAGGGCAGGGCAGCCAACUUUUGCACACUUCAAAGAGUGAGAGAGGGUCAUGGGGUUGGGAA